CUGCAGCGGCCGCUUGCAACGCGUGUCUCCUCGCAGUCGGCAGGCAGCACGCGCGCCAUGCGACGACGCAUGGCCGACAUGAUGGACUCGGACUACGACGCCUCGCCGUCCCGAGGGUAAGCGGCGCGGAGUGGCGAGGAGGAGGAGGAGGCGACCGGCGCCCGGACACGUGCCCGCAACCGGGCUGCAUUCGGGAGUCGCGCACGCGACCGAGCGGACGUGCAGCGCGCGCGCCUUGCCUCUCCUCCGCCGUCGGACGCCCGCCUGAACGUUGUUGGUGCGCGUGUGCCGCCGCCGACGACAUGUUUUCGUUCGGCCAUUCCGGGACCAGCUCCGGUUCCGGCAGUUGCCAGCUGCUGACCAGGAAGAAAAGACGAGGCAUAAUCGAGAAGAGGCGGCGUGAUCGGAUUAACACCUCGCUGACCGAACUUCGUCGACUCGUACCCACGGCAUUCGAAAAGCAGGGAUCCGCCAAGCUCGAGAAAGCCGAAAUCCUCCAGAUGACGGUGGACCACCUUAAGAUGCUGCACUCCAAAGGUGUGGACGCGUUCACGUUCGACCCGCACAAGUUCGCCAUGGACUACCACACCAUGGGCUUCCGCGAAUGCGCCAGCGAGGUGGCACGCUACCUGGUGGCCAUCGAAGGCAUCGACCUGCAGGACCCGCUCCGGCUGCGCCUCAUGAGUCACCUGCAGUGCUACUCGGCCCAGCGAGAGCUUGCCGCCAAGUCGUCCUGCUGGAGUCCGGCGAGUCCCGCGGCUCCUCACUACCCUACGUCCGGCUCCCCCCAGCCGUCUCCGGCCAACGCGGUCGUAGCCGCGGAGCCGUACGCCUCGGGAAACGAGCCCCCGCGGCUCGAGACGAAAGGCUUCCGGCAGCACUUCCCGGCGGCUGCCAGGGCGACGCAUAUGCCGCACCCGUCGGCCGCCGCGAACGCCAUGCUGCCCGCGGCGGCGCCGCACGUCCAGGGCCCGCCGGGAAACCAGUACUUCCACGGCGUCGCCGCCGCCCACUUCUCUCCCAUGACGCCGCCGACGUCGUCCACGACGCCCUCGUACGGCUCGGACCUGUCUCCGCUCUCCUCCGGUUCCGGCGGAGUCAAGCCGUACAGGCCGUGGGGCAGCGAGAUCGCCUACUGAACGCGCUCACUUCCGCGGCUUAUCCGGCUGGACUGGAAACGCUGUCACGUUUGCUUUCCACGGAGGCUGUUGUGGCGUCUCCGGGAGGUCCCCCUGCACUGAGCUCUCAACUUGGCCUUACGCGAGUGGCCCGAGACGAGUGCACCUUUGUCAAGAAAUGCAAGCUCUUGGGAGAUCCGUCUCCACCGUCCUAUUCCUGACGACAGCCGUUGGAAACUAAACAAGAGCCGUGCAGAACGUUGCCUUGAAACCACCAUGCAACGUCUCCAGUGACACCGCUUCCCUCGGACUUGAUAAUCGUGCUCUUACUAUCAUGGGCAACCUCGCAGUUCAGGUGCCGGCGUACAGCAGAGUCAUCAGAACGACUUUGUUCGCAUUCCUGUUUAGCCGGACGGUAAUGUCGGGUACGGCGCAACAGAUUGAGCGGCGAGCGAGAUCCUCGAAAUUGGCCACUCCGCUCCUUGCUUAUGUGCCGUAAGUGUAAGGCGAAAAACGGUGUCACGGAGGUCACUGCAAGGGCCAAGGCUUUGGUCAGGUCCUCCAGUUCGUGCACCGAGAUGUGCGGACUCGAAACGUCGUCACGCGUGCGAAAAUCGUGCGUUGUUUUCUGCUAGUCCACAGAAUGUCAUGUGUAUGUGAACUCGUGCCUUGCGGCAGCAACGCUCGAUAGGCAAGUGUCCGCCACU